AUAGAACGUACUUUUUUAACGGUCGAGUAGUAUGUUCGAAUUCAAAUGUAGUACCUACACAAGUAGUAUGCGAUUUCGGACGCAGCCCGGGACUUCUAAUGGCGGCUGCAAUGACACAGUGACUUUACCGAUUAGUGACUGGUUCUUUUAUUCAGAAGGCGGGGCUUCCUUCAAUAGAGUGGCCAUGCUGAUGUGAUGCCCUAUUAAAUUGUUAUCACAUUUGUGGUAGUUUUUGUAAUUUUAUAAAGAAAUGUUUGUUCUUAAUUUUGUUCAGGGGUAAUUAACCUGUGUCUACCAUUCAUUUGCACUAAUAUAUUUUAUAUAGCGGGCAGGAGUAAUUGUGGAGUUCGUCAGCAGGGAGCAGUGUGGCGCGUAUUGUGCUUUCGGGGCGUUACGUCAGUUUGUCCCGUUUUGCGGUCUUUCUCUUUCUGCUGAGCGAGAUGAGAAACGGACGCAGACUUUGCCUCUUCUCACUUAUUUCUCCUGUUUCAGGUAGUGGUGGGCAAAGCAAGGCUUCGUGAAACACUGAAGCAGUCGAAGCAAAUGUGUCGAGGCUUCGAAACAUUUCGGUGACACCUAGUGGUCAUUUUCAAGUAUUGCUCUGAAACAGCGUCGACACAGAAACAGUUUUGCGACUUGACGAGUUAUAACCUAUGUUGUGACAGUCAAUCCACUGAGUGAUUUGGGGGAGUGGUUAGUGUGCUCGACUGGAAUGCUGUCACCUUGGGUUCGAAUCCUGGGUGACGCGGUCAUCUUGACACAAUUAUAAAAAACAUUUAAAAUGUGUGUUUUUAUUGUUCUGUUCUUGUAAUGUGUUGAAACAUCAGUCUGACGUCUGAAUGAACUCUUUGUGAAUAAGUAAGUGUUAUUUUGGUAAUGAAAAAUAUACAAUAAAGUACAUCAAGCCACUUUUUUUUACAUAUAAAGAUUUUUUUAAAUAUUAAUUGUUCUGCUGUUGAUGGACUUAGCCUACUUCUUUUUUUACAUAUAAUUUCUCCAACCCAAGAAGUGAAGAUGCGUUAACUCCACUUUUCUACUUUGUGGGAGUUAGGUUGAGACAGAUGUGCGAUUGUGUGAUUUGUUACCGACCCUGUCAAUCAAACGCAGAUUCGGCAGGUAUGCCAAGUCUCGAAACACUUGUGACACGCCCUGAUGCUUCGAUAGCCUUAGUCACGUGACAUGGGUGUUUCGAAUCAUGCUUCGGAGCCGUGUAUCGAAACAUCUGCGCUUCGGGAUAUCGACACCGUGUCGAAACGUCAGUUUCGUGGCAGCCAUCCCUAGUUUCAGGCUCAUUUACCUCAACACCAACCAGAGCAGUUGUAAACCGCAGAUAAUAGAAAAAGUCAUCACCAAGUCAAAGUGGAAGCUUAAGAACUUUGGACUGCGCUCAUCGCAGGGGCUUUUGUACAACCAGCCCAGUGCGCUGGUAAGUCGGACAGAUGUUGCUUCUGUAACGUCAUGGUUAGCCCCAAUCAUUUGGGAGGGAACCUUCGACACCACUCUGAUCGACUUAAUCUACCAACAACAGAAUCUCACCAUAGCGACCACAGUCUUCACUUUGGGAAAAUACACACGUUUUCUCAAAGAUUUUCUGGAGUCAGCAGAGCAGCAUUACUUUGUUGGAUUUCGAGUGCAUUACUACUUGUUUACGGAUCUACCAGAAGAAGUUCCUGAAGUUAAGAUGGGUGAAAACCAUAGUUUGACAGUUCGAAAGGUUCCAAGUAUGAACAGAUGGCAGGAUAUCAGUAUGGGCAGGAUGGAAAUACUAGAGAAACUAAUAGAGAAUGAACUGGUCAGUGAGGCUGACUAUAUUUUCUGCCUUGAUGUAGAUACAAAGUUCUAUGGCCGUUGGGGUGCGGAGACUUUGGGUCGUCUGGUAGGUGUGAUACAUCCUUGGUACUUUGAUGCUCCAAGGGAUCAGUUCACAUAUGAGCGUAGACCAGAAUCUCAAGCAUAUGUUCCAGCUGGAGAGGGUGAUUAUUAUUUUACUGGCGCUGCAUUUGGCGGCUCACUGGAGGAUGUACAUCAUCUCACCAAAACCUGCCGGAAGCAGAUGAACAUCGAUGUUGCAAACUCCAUUGAGGCGAUAUGGCAUGAGGAGUCUCACUUGAACAAGUAUUUCCUUUAUAACAAACCCAGUAAACUGCUUUCACCUGAAUAUCUGUGGCGGGACAUCAAUGCCGGGGUGGCCCAAAUAAAAGUAGUUCGCUUCUCUCAUGUAGCUAAAAACAAUACAGAAGUUCGUCCAAACGCAUAGCACCUGUUGCCAGUAUUGAGCUACACUGUGUGUUCUCUCAGGCCUUCCACGCUGUGAAUCUGUAAACGGGUAAUAUUGACAACAGGGAAGUCAGCAGCUGCCACCAAAAAUGGAUAAUCAGAGACAUUUACAGAUGUUUAUGAGCACAAAGUGGCAUCAGGAACUAAAUCUGUCAAUCUUGAAUAAACACUCACAAUAUGAA